CGAAAGUUUGGUUGGAGAGUCCAAAGUCCGAUUGACGAAGGAAGAGAGUCCCGGUCGACGACGGCGCGUCGCAUAUACCCUUCAAGAUGCUGUACGAAAUGAUUGGCAUAGUCCGCCCCGGCCGCCUCUCCGAAGUGAAGGAAAUUGCCAAAACCGCCGGCAAAAUCGUCCUCGAUCAGAAAGGCGUGGUCCGCGGCGUCACCAACUGGGGCACCUAUCUCCUCCCCAAGCCCGCGAAGAAGCUCCAAACGACGCAUCAUACGGGUCAUCAUUUUAUCAUGCGGUUUGACGCGAGUGCGAAGACGCAGCAUAUUUUAAGGAGGACGAUGAGUUUAGAUCCCAGGUUGAUCCGGUAUAGUGUGGUGAAAAUGGGGGAGAAGUUUGAGCAUAUCAAGGAUGUGCCGGGACGGGCCGAGUUCAGGUGAAGUGGAGAAAGCAUGGACUGAGGUUUGGACGAGACUACUGGGAGUGUGUCCAUGGUAAGAGACGGGUCAAGACGGAAGCGCAUACGGUGCGAGUGGGGAGGCCUUGUAUGGCAUUGUGUCAACACAGAAAAGGCAGGGAGAGUCUCUCUAUGAUGAGCGCAAGGGAUGCAAAGGCUAUGCUGGCCUUCGAACACCAUUAGCGACUAUUACUGCAUCCACGGGUUGGAAGCAUUGUACGAUAUUGUAGACAUAGAGCCGCAACAGCCGGGCGCGAUCCGGGUGUAUGUUGAAUUGGUAGACAAGCUUCGUGAAUACCAAGAAAUGAAAGGAUGUUAGUUGAGCC